AUGGCAGAUGACGCCCCGUUGGGAAUUAUAAUGAGGUGUAACACUCUCGCCGAUACCUACAGGUCUCCUUUAGAUGAGAUGAAAGCAAAAUCUGCUGAACUACAGUCUUUACGCGAAGACCAAGCCAAUCGGGUCUUGGCUGUCAAUUCCAGAUUGGCCGACCAUUACGAAGAGCAUGGGAUAAAUGAUGAAAUUGAUCAACAGAACAACCAAAAUUUCUACCAGGACAUUAAGCAAAUACGAAAUGUCUUAGUCGGAUAA